UCCAAAGAGUAAAUGAAGGCGCCCAUGGAAACAGGCCUGUUGAGUAACGACCGCCCCUGGAUUUGGAUUGGCAUUUCAUCGGAACUUUUUGCACUUGCACGUGACCUUAAAAACAAGAAGUGCGAAAGACUGAGGACUUUUAAAUUUCAAUAUUUGCAGGCAAGCCAAGAGUGGAGGUCAAGGAGGAGUAUCGAUCAUUGUUUGAAGCCGCAGUAAAAGGUGAUUGGAAAGGUGCCGAGAAAAUCCUCGAUCAUGAUCCCGAAGCAAUCACGGCCACACUUUUGACCACAGGACGUCGUCCAGCUACUGUGCUCGAUAUUGCGGUUAUUGUCGGACAAGAUCAAUUGGUGGAAAACCUGGUUAAACGUGUCCCUGCGGAAAAGAAAGCUCCCAUUUUAAAGGCUGCCCUCUGCCAUGCUGCUCGGAUGGGAAGAAAAAGAAGGGUAGAGGAAUUAGUAGAUGAUCUUGACAAAGCUGGUAAAUCAGGUGUAGGAGUUGCCUUGUCAAUUGCUACUAAAAGUGCUCCUAAGCAAAAGGAGGUUAUCUGGUUCCUAGCCACCAGACAUCUAAAAUCCACCCCAAAGUAUGAUCUCGUGCUUGCCCUUAUUAAGGCUGGCCAUUUGGACAUACUCUUGUAUUUAGCUAACGCAUACCCCAAGUUAACGAACUUUGACACGAGCAAAAACCUUGGCAUGUUAAAAGACUUAGCGCACGUGAAGUCUUACUACCGCAGUGGAGCUCAACUCAAUUUUUGGGAAAAGUGUAUUUACCAAUGUAUCCCUCCCUCGGUUGAUCAAUCAUCUAACAAGGUCAAAGACGCCAAGAUGGCUCGAGGCAAAAUUGCUCAUCUAUUACGUGUAGCACCUUUUAUCAACAGGAUUGGAGAAUUGAAGUUACGGCACGAAUGCUGGCUUGCGUUAGCAAAUCUAGUUUUUAAAGGGUUGAAGGAUCUUAUGAAAACUCCUAAAAUGCUCCAAUUGACUUCAGCCAUUGUCCAUGAAGCUGCAUCUAAUGGAAUAUCUGAAAUUGUCAAGUUAUGUCUUGAGCAAUAUCCGGAACUGAUGUGGGAUAUAAAAUUCACAAAAGAACUGAUUGAAGAAGUUGUGAAGGGACGGCAUGUUGAGUUGUUUAGACUAAUGAAUGCAUGCGACACAAUUCCAAACUUGAGGUACGACAUUCAGAGGAACCGCGACCUGAUGGAGGCAGUAGUAGGAUGGUCAACAGGAUAUGCACCGGCAGAUGUUUCUGGGGCAGCUUUUCUUAUGCAAAGGGAACUUCAAUGGUUUGAGGUACUGGAAAAUAGGAGCUCUCCUAAAAUUGAAAGUCUAAAAUUCAAGGUCGGUUCACCUUAUUUGUUUUGCCACCCUUUUGUGCUCUUUAAUUUACAUUUGUGUUAAUUGAAGGUGAUGAAAGAUGAGAGCGAUCCUUCUUCUA